UACCAAGUUUGGACUGCCCUCUAACUCCUGACAUAGACCUGACUACGAUGCAAUGUCCGACGAAGGACUCCGCGGUAGAUCCUAGCAUCCUUGUCCAGUUAGACUGUAAGAAGCGGCUUCCUCACGUCAUCGGGAUCGGGAUGGCAAAGUGCGGGACCGGAGCCCUGUCGUUCUUCCUGGAAAGCCACCCUUCUCUUGUUCAUUCUGUUCCCCCAGAGAUUUCCUAUUGGAACAAGAAUAAAGAGAAGAGCCUCGAGUGGUACCGAGACCAGAUGCCAAUCUCCUCCAAACACCAGGUAACAAUGGAGAAAACGCCGUCGUAUAUCUUUGAGAAAGACACGCCGGCGAGGAUCAAAGAGCUGAUGCCCGUGACCAAAUUCAUCGUCAUGAUCCGGGAUCCGAUUGCCCGAGCUGUGUCCGAUUACCUCCAUCAACAAAGUAUCGCACAUCCGAGGUUCUUUAUACCGCGGAUAGUUAAACCAGGCAAUGAACCGGAUGUUUACCUCAAUACAACCUUUGAAGGGUCCGUCAUUAAACCGAAUGCUGAAGUCAACACGGAUAAUUCUAUCCUUUCACACAGUGCAUACGUGGUAUAUCUUAAGAAAUGGAUUGAGCUUUUUCGUCGACAUCAGUUCCUCGUCAUAGAUGACGAUGAAUUUGUUAAGAAUCCUUUAUCAGUUUUACAUCAGGUAGGCCAUUCUUAAAUACUCCUUCUCCUUGUCUUUCAGUUCCAUAUC